AUGGUGGCAUUUGUGGUGUUGCUGCUGGCACUGCUUCCUGAAAUGACAUGCAAGACUCACAUUGUGAAGUGUCAUGUCCAUGAUCCACACCCUCCACUUCACAAGUAUCACCAGUCAGGAGACCUCAUCCUUGGUGGCCUAGCUUCUCAGAUCUUCAUAAUCUCCAAACAAUUAUCCUUCACUGAAGAACCUCCACCAGCAUUGUUUGAAGAACUUAUGUCAAGCAAUUUUGUUGAAUUUUCUUUUGGCCAAAAAUGGGUAUCUGAGCUAAAUCCAUUCACCCCUCUAGGAAAUACCGUAUGUCAAGCAUUUUUGUUGACCUUUCUUUUGGCCAAUACAGGGAUGGUGCUUUCAACUUUAGAAAAGCAAUAUGCAAAAUUUGGCCUUUGGGUCAGUAAACUGAGCAGAGAUGGUUACAUCAUCAUCAUCAUCAUCAUCAUCAUCAUCAUCAUCAUGAUGCUGAUAUUUCUGGUGAUGCUUCUUGUACUGCCACCUCACACGACAUGCAAAGCUCACAUUGUGAAGUGUCAUGUCCAUGAUCCACACCCUCCACUUCACAAGUAUCACGAGUCAGGAGACGUCAUCCUUGGUGGCAUAGCUUCUCACGGCUACAUCAUCUCCAAUGCCUUAACCUUCACUGAAGAACCCCCACAGGGUCCAAAAGAGUUGGUCAAAGGAGCUGUUUAUCCUUAUACAAAAAGUGGAUGUAAGAAUAUCGGCGUGGUGCCUAAGAAUUACCAGCACGUCCUUGCCUUGGCAUUUGCAGUAAAGGAGAUCAAUGGCAACCCUCAGAUCUUAUCCAAUACAACCUUGGGCUUCCACAUCUUUGACAGCUAUUUCAUUGCAAGGGGGACUUAUCAUGCCACAAUGCUCCUUACGUCCAGCCCAGACAGAUUUGUUCCCAACUACAAAUGUGACACUCAGAAUGAUUUGAUAGCUGUCAUUGGGGGACUUGACCCUCUAACCUCUCUUCAUGCAGCAACAGUCUUGGAUAUCUACAAAAUUCCACAGCUCACAUAUGGUCCUGCUCCCAUCAUGCAUGAUAAAACUCCAGGCCUCUCCUUCUACCAAAUGGUCCCCCAAGAAGCCCUUCAGUAUGAGGGGAUUCUCUCCUUACUUCUGCAUUUCGGGUGGACAUGGAUUGGGCUCCUUACGAUGGAACUUGAGAAUGGAGAACAAUUUGUGCAAACAGUGGUUCCAAUGUUUUCCUCCAGUGGUAUCUGUUUUGCCUUCAUAGAAAGAAUCCCCAAAGUAUCUUUCAUCACUGAAGUAAAAGUGUUGUUACAACAGGGUGCAAAAAUACGUGAUAAAGUAAUGGGUAGCAAUGCCAAUGUGAUAGUCGUCUACGGAGAAUCUUACUCAAUGAUAUUUCUUAGAUGGUUUCCAUAUUUAUCAGAAGAAGAAGAGAUAGGAGAGGAUGCAAGAGGUAAAGUGUGGAUAAUGACAGCCCAGAUGGAGCUGACUUCUGCAGUUUAUCAAAGGACUUGGGAUGCACAAAUAAUCCAUGGGGCUCUGUCUUUCACAAUUCACUCUAAUGCUCUACCAGAAUUUCACAAAUUUCUUGAACACAUAAGUCCCUCCACCACAGAUGGAGAUUAUUUCAUCAAGGACUUCUGGCAACAGGCCUUUGCUUGUGUCUUCCCUAGUACAGUCACAGAUGUUAUGGAUCAGGAGAUUUGCACUGGAGAGGAGAACCUGGAAAUGCUUCCUACGUCCUUUUUUGAAAUGAGCAUGACGGGCCAUAGCUACUGUAUAUACAAUGCUGUUUAUGCCAUGGCCCAUGCUGUCCAUGCCAUGUUCUCAGCCAGACUCAAUUCAAGAUUACUGGAAGACAAUAGGAAGCUGGUAUCUCAGUUUUAUCAGCUGUGGCAGUUUCAUCAUUUCCUCAGAGGAGUGUCAUUUAAUAAUAGUGUGGGAGACACAGUUUCCUUCAACCAGAAGGGGGAGUUGGAAGCUGGGCUUGAUGUUAUUAAUUGGAUUGCUUCACAAAACCAAUCCUUUCAUAAAGUUGAAGUUGGGAGAAUAAAUCCCCAGACAUCUUCGGGUGAAAUGUUCACCAUCCAUGAGGAUGCUAUAACUUGGCACAAGUGGUUUAAUCAGGCAAGGCCUAUUUCUCUAUGCAGUGAGCAGUGCAGUCCUGGUUCAAGCAAGAAAUCAAAAGAAGGGGAGCCAUUUUGUUGCUAUGAUUGCAUCCCCUGUCCAGAAGGGAAGUUUUCAGACCAGAAGGAUAUAAGUGAUUGUUCCACAUGUUCAGAACAAACACAUCCAAAUAAAAACCAUGAUUUAUGUAUUCCCAAGGAAAUAAGCUUCUUGUCUUAUGAAGAGCCUGUGGGGAUCAGUUUAGCCCUUUCUGCUCUUUCCGGUUCUUUGGUCACCGUUCUAGUUCUCUUCACAUUUAUGAAGAACCACAACACUCCCAUUGUCAAAGCCAACAACCGGCAGCUCACCUACACGCUCCUCCUCUCCCUCCUGCUCUGCUUCCUUUCUGCGCUGCUAUUCAUUGGACAGCCUCAGAAGGUGACAUGUCUCCUCCGACAAACUGCUUUUGGCAUCGUGUUCUCAGUGGCUGUUUCUUGUGUGCUGGCAAAAACCCUCACUGUGGUUCUGGCUUUCAUGGCCACCAAGCCAGGAUCCAGAAUAAGGAAAUGGGUGGGAAAGAGGCUGGCCGAUUCCAUUGUACUUUCUUGCUCCCUUAUACAAGGAAGUAUUUGCAUUGUGUGGCUGGCAAUCUCUCCUCCGUUGCCAGAGGCUGAUGUACAUUCAGUGGCUGGACAAAUUAUACUUGGAUGUAAUGAGGGGUCUGUGACUAUGUUUUACUGUGUCCUUGGCUAUAUUGGCUUCCUGGCCAUUGCCAGCUUCACUUUGGCCUUCCUUGCCAGGAAGUUACCCGACACAUUCAAUGAAGCCAAAUUUAUCACUUUUAGCAUGUUAGUGUUUUGCAGUGUGUGGUUAUCCUUUGUUCCAACCUACUUGAGCACUAAGGGGAAAUACAUGGUAGCUGUGGAGAUCUUUUCUAUCUUAGCCUCCAGUGCUGGAUUAUUGGCCUGCAUCUUUUCCCCCAAAUGCUACAUUAUUUUGUUGAAGCCUGAAUUGAACAAAAGGGAACAGCUAAUACGAAGAACUAAUUGA